AUGGAUGUUCAAAGGAGUAGCUUUGUUCAUUCUGACCUGGAAGAACGGCGUCAUUACGGUGAUCUGCGGAUGAGUGAAUAUUACGAUUUUAAUGAUCCAGUGUUUUAUGAGUUGCUUCAUGAAGCAGAAGCACGGCUACAGGCCGCGCGAGAGAAUCAACCAUGCAAUGCGGUUAAUCCUAAUCAUGGGGCUAGCAACCUGGUCAUUGUUGACAAUGGUGCGGGGGGCUGGGUCCUUCGGAACAGAACGGCGGUGUCGGUGACAGGACAUGAGGGUAUAUUCCCUCCUGUGAAUAAUGACGCUAACUGGGACGAGGCCGAGGAUUGGGACGAAGAAGAAGAUGGGGAGUGGGACGGGGAAGAGUACGAGGAUGGGGAAGAGUACGAGGAUGAGGAAGAGGAAGAGAACGAGGAAGAGGAGGAAGAGGGCGAGGAAGAGGAGGAAGAGGGCGAGGAAGAGGGCGAUGACGAGGAUGAAGGUGACGCCAACAGUGAUGAUUACUAUUACGACGAUGAUAAUGAUGACCAAGCCUAUGAUUGGGACCAAGAGCAAUCGUGA